AUGGACACAACAGAUUACGACGUCGUCAUCGUGGGAGCUGGCAUCUCCGGCAUCUGCUUCGCAUACAGACUUCAAGAACGCAAUCCCCAUCUGCGAUACUGUGUACUAGAGAGUAGAGACGAUAUCGGUGGCACAUGGAGCUUCUUCAAAUACCCAGGCCUCCGAUCAGAUUCAGACCUCCAUACCUUCGGCUUCCCAUGGGCGCCGUGGACGGAAGAAGCGCCGAUCGCACAGGGACCGGCUAUUGUCAGCUACAUGAGGAAGACAAUUGCGGAAGCUGGCAUCGAUAAAUCUAUCAAGCUCAACCACAGAGUUCAGGGCUUGGCUUGGUCUCCUAAGAAGAGGCAGUGGUCGGUCAACACGAACGUCGAGGGUCACGUUGGUGAGAUCAGCGCCAAGUUCGUUCUACUCGGCACGGGCUACUAUGAUUAUGAUGAGGCUCUCCACGCAGCGAUACCAAAUAUCCAAGACUUCCGAGGACAUGUCGUUCAUCCGCAAUUCUGGCCAGAGCAUCUCGAUUACUCGAGCAAGGAUAUCGUCGUCAUCGGCUCUGGGGCAACGGCGAUCACUCUUCUGCCAUCACUGACCAAGACCGCUAAACAUGUUACUAUGUUGCAAAGAUCGCCCAGUUAUAUCAUGUCCGUCCCUGUCAAGGACCAGCUUGAAUCCACGAUUCGUCGCUACCUUCCUCGCAAUUUGGCAGCCACGCUCAUCCGACUAAAAUGGAUCUUCGCCCCAACCCUUUUUCGAGCCUACUGCCUCGCUUUCCCAACCCAAGCUCGGGGAUACAUGCACAAACUCACCCAAGCCGAGAUCGGCCAAGACUGCUCUCUCGACCCAAACUUCACACCAACCUACAACCCCUUCGAUCAAAGGAUGUGCCUCUCCCCCGACGGCGACUUCUAUGGAGCUCUCCGCUCGGGUAAAGCAAGCAUCAAGACCGGCACCAUUGCAACCAUCACAGACAACAGUAUCAUCCUCAACUCCGGCGAGACCCUCCACCCCGACAUAAUCAUAACAGCAACAGGCCUCAAACUCCGUCUCGGCGGCGGUAUACCGAUCACCAUCGACAGCGAACCCUUCCACAUCCCGAACGCCUUCGUCUGGAAAGGCCUCAUGCUCGAAGGCUGUCCAAACCUCGCCUUCUCCUUCGGAUAUUUCGACGCGAGCUGGACGUUGGGCGUGGAUAUGUCUGCUCAACUAGUAUGCAAGAUUGUGAAGCAGAUGGAGAGGGAUGGCGUGGAUGUCAUUGUGCCGGAAAGGAGUGAUGCAGAGAGGAAAGGGAUGGAAGAGAGGAGCUUCCUGCAGCUUUCGAGCACGUAUGUGGAGAAGGGGAGAGCGGCGCUGCCGAAGGUGGGGAAUAUGGGGCCUUGGAAGGCGAGGAGGACGUUUCUUUGGGAGUGGGUGGCGUUGAGGUUUGGGGAUGUGAGGAAGGAGUUAAGGUGGGUUCGAUCCGGACGAUAA